AAGAGAUAUUUGGAGACAUUCAAGAUGGCAAUCAAAUCGCAGGAGUGGAUGACACGGGACAGGGUUACUUAGAAGAAGCCUUUGAUCAGGACUAUGAACCUGAAGAUGAAGAUGAACAUGAUUUCAAUCUGCGUGGACAAUUUGAUGAUCUUGAUGACUCCAAAAGAGCAGAGCUCUUGGCAGAUGCAGACAAUGAUGUCGAUGAUGUGCCAGAACUCACUGUCAGAUUCCUUGGAGAUUAUGACUAUGAAUCAGAUGACAACAAUUCGGGUGAUGAAGGCAAUGAAGAGGUAGAACUUGUUGUGGCCGAUUUGGAUCACCAUCAAGAAAAUGUCAAUAGAGGAACCAAUGAUACUGGGAGCCUCGUUACUGAUCUGGAGGAUCUACAAGAACCGCCAGAAGAAGAGAUUGUAUUUGAGCCUGAAACGCCUCAAGUAGCAAAAAACAAGUUAAAAUCUGGUAUUUGUACCAAAGAAAUCAAGGCCAAGAGGUUUGGUGAUGAUGGAAAGGGUGCUGUGGAUAGGGUUAGAUGCUCCUGA